GUGUCGGCGUGAGUAACGGGGCUUGCUCCCGGGAUCGAGGGGAGCCUCCCUGGUCUUCACGGCUGGUGUGCGGGACAGGUCUCAGCGCGGGAGGCGGCCGUACACCUGCGGUAGUUAGGCGAGCGGUGCGGAACUUGCGGUGCGCACAGCUUGCGUAGGCUUUUUUCUCCAACUUGGAAACCGCAAGGACUUGGGGAUUUUAGGCAUGCGCUAUGCCAUGGGUGAGAGUUAAAUUGUGUGUGUGAAAAAUCAACAAAGCCAAGAACGUCUUUGACUGGAUAGAUUUUUCAACAUGAAUCGUGCUUUUAGCAGGAAGAAAGACAAAACAUGGAUGCACACUCCUGAAGCCUUAUCAAAGCAUUAUAUUCCCUAUAAUGCAAAGUUUCUUGGCAGUACGGAAGUGGAGCAGCCCAAAGGCACUGAAGUUGUAAGAGAUGCUGUUAGAAAAUUAAAGUUUGCAAGACAUAUCAAGAAAUCUGAAGGCCAGAAGACACCCAAAGUUGAAUUACAAAUCUCAAUCUAUGGUGUAAAAAUUCUAGAUCCAAAAACAAAGGAAGUCCAGCACAACUGUCAACUCCAUAGGAUAUCAUUUUGUGCUGAUGAUAAAACUGACAAGAGAAUAUUUACUUUCAUAUGCAAAGACUCAGAAUCAAAUAAGCAUCUUUGCUAUGUAUUUGACAGUGAAAAGUGUGCGGAAGAGAUAACUUUAACAAUUGGUCAAGCAUUUGACUUAGCUUACAGGAAAUUUCUGGAAUCUGGAGGAAAAGAUGUUGAAACAAGGAAACAAAUUGCAGGUUUACAGAAAAGAAUUCAAGAAUUAGAAACUGAAAACACAGAACUGAAAAAUAAAGUUCAAGAUUUGGAAAACCAGUUAAGAAUAACACAAGUACAUGCAUCUCCACUGCUGCACAUAAAGUGUGAUAAUGAUGAACAUAUGUUUCAAAGACUCUCUACUUUUUUCUGGUGUAACAGUGAGGAUUCGCCUCCUUGUUUAGAUACCUCUUCCAUUACAGUUACUCUUAGGAGUUCUCCCAACUCUAAACUACCACCUGGAUUGUUAAUACCACCACCUUCAAAAAGUGGUCUUCCAAGGCCAACCAGUGAAUACAGUUGGCCAAGACCUCGUGCAGGCAGUGUGACACCUAAAUCACCUUCCACUGACAUCUUUGAUAUGGUUCCCUUUUCUCCCAUAUCCCCUCAGUCAUCAACACCUACUCGCAAUGGUACACAGCCUCCUCCAGUACCCAGUAGAUCUACAGAGAUCAAGAGAGACCUUUUUGGAGCAGAACCUUUUGACCCUUUUAGCUGUGGAGCAGGAGAUUUCCCUCCAGACAUUCAGUCCAAACUAGAUGAGAUGCAGCGUCAGCGAUGGUUGGUAUAUCAUUUUUUAAUAAUGAUAUUUAAUGCAUUUACAAUUGAAGUGUGCAUGUGUUCAUGUCUGGUGUCUUUAUUUUUAUGAAUAUGUGUGUACAUAUGUAAAUCUUUCAUGUAACUUUUAAAACUUUUAGUGGUCUGCAGUUUUUUAAGGUAGGAAAGCUGAUUCUUUUUCUUAUCAGCUGCUAAUACUAAGCCUUUAUUUUCAUUGCUGUUUAUUUUCCAUGUGUACUAGUGAAAUCUCCAGUCUUCGUUAUCAGAUUGUCCUUAGUGAAAUGGUUUAAGCAAAACCUUUGAUACAUAUAUUUUUAUGUAAUACAGUCACAUUUGUGAAUGUUUUUUUACUUGGAAAUAAUUACUUAAAAGCUUGAAAUGAGCAGAAGAUAGCUGUACUAGAAGUCAGUGGUUGUUAGAUAUACAGCUGAUAAGAAGGAAGGUGAAAUGGAUGCUGCAAAAGGUAAAAGCACAGAAUAUUCAAUGUACUCUGGAAAAUGUAAAGAAACAUGUAAGAAAAAUACAGGCUUCUUUCCUUCUCUGGAAUGCAAACUGAAGGAAUCUGUUCACAUUAUGAAAGUACAGUCUGACUUUCAGUAAAUACAUAUUUCAUUAAAUACACAAAGGUAAGUUGCUUAUGAACACAUCUAAUAGUUCAAAUAUAUAGACUCACUCUGAGAGGGCGUUAAAUACAGCUUAUCCUGCACUGAGUGGUAAGCAAGCUGUCUCAGCAGCAGCCAGUGACAACCUGAUUGGAGCAGCUCAGUCCAGACUCUCUUGCCCUGUUUCUCCUGUAAAGCUAUGUCAGAUGCCUUGUCAAACAUAUGCCUGUCUGCAGAAAAGCUGUCUCAGUGUAUGUGUGUGUUGGAAGGUGAUGUGUAAGCAAAGAGAGAAGGGAAAGUGCAGCACAGAAGAGGCUUUGGAGAAUAAGCCCAUUAAGUAGUGGGUGCUUUUCUUUGCAUCCAAUAUUCUGAAUUUAAAAGGAUCAGAUAAAUUUUCCUGACCUCUGGGAGAACACUUUUGUAUUUAAACUUCAGGGAGGGUCCAGAUUUCACACUUAAGCUCUUUCUGUUCCAUUUCUCAGUCCAGUCUCUGUUGAUCUUUUUGGAGAGCUCAAAACUCAUACUGAGAUGUGACUUUUACAGCUCAGGCCUCUCUCUUGAUGACUGUUCAACCUUCCAUUUCCCCCACCUUUAUGCUGAAACAUAUUUUAAUUUCACUAUUUUUACUGCAUUCAGACAUUAAUAAAUUUAAUCUGUCUGUUUUCUCAGAAAUCUUGCAGUUGAGGGGAAGUUUCCCUAGAUCAUGAAUCAUACCAGCAACAGGUGCUAUAAUUUAUUAAAAUCU